UCACCUCACUCCGCCUCGUCCCCGCCCCAAAGGCCACGCUCCCCUCCCUCCCACCAACCCACCACCAGCGUCACCCAUGGCGGCCCAGCGACUCGCCGCCCUCCACGCCGCCGCGCCGUCGGCCUUCUCCUCCACCUCCUCCGCCUCGCAUGGCCGCCCCGCGGCGCGAUCCAGCACCACCGCUCUCCUCCCGGUGGCCCUCCCGCGCGCCUCCGCCACCCUCCGCGCCGCACCUUCUCGGCUCCUCCCCCAGGAGGCGAAGGCGGCGGGGAGCGGCAGGUCGGUGAUGUGCAUGGCGUCGGCGUCGGCGUCGGCGGCGUCGGCGGCGGUGGCGUCGGGCGCGGCGGAGCUGAAGGCCGCUCGCGAGGACAUCAGGGAGCUCCUCAAGACGACGCACUGCCACCCCAUCCUGGUUCGUCUUGGAUGGCAUGAUUCCGGUACGUAUGACAAGAAUAUUAAAGAGUGGCCACAACGAGGUGGAGCUAAUGGAAGCUUGAGAUUUGAUGUUGAGUUAAAACAUGGAGCCAAUGCUGGGCUGGUAAAUGCUCUAAAGCUUGUCCAACCUAUCAAGGACAAAUACCCAAAUAUCUCAUAUGCGGAUUUAUUCCAGCUGGCAAGUGCUACAGCAAUUGAGGAAGCUGGUGGUCCAAAGAUUCCAAUGACAUAUGGACGGAUUGAUGUCACAGGUCCUGAGCAGUGUCCACCUGAGGGGAAGCUUCCCGAUGCUGGCCCAAGUGCACCUGCGGAUCACUUGAGGAAGGUAUUUUACAGGAUGGGUCUUGAUGACAAGGAGAUUGUUGUGCUGUCUGGAGCACAUACACUUGGAAGGUCCAGACCUGAACGGAGUGGCUGGGGGAAACCAGAAACGAAAUAUACUAAGAAUGGCCCUGGUGCACCUGGUGGGCAAUCGUGGACAGCUGAAUGGCUUAAGUUUGAUAACAGUUAUUUCAAGGAGAUAAAAGAGAAAAGAGAUCAGGAUCUCCUGGUCUUGCCUACAGAUGCUGCAUUAUUUGAGGACCCAACAUUCAAGGUCUAUGCAGAAAAAUACGCAGAGGACCAAGAAGCAUUCUUUAAAGACUAUGCCGGAGCUCAUGCUAAACUGAGCAAUCUGGGUGCAAAAUUCAAUCCUCCUGAGGGAUUCACGUUGGACGGUUAAUGCGAUGCGCAUGAGCCAGAUCGCUGAAGUGGCCAACCACUUUUACAGAAAGGUCUAUAUACUCUACUACCCCAUCCACCUCCCAAUUUGUAGGUUCAUGUCAGCUGUUCUACUUACUCGAUACUGUGAUUCAACAGAAGGUUCGCUCGGUUCUUGGCUAAAAUGAUUCCAAUCUGCUAUUUAUCUUGCUCGUAGGAUCAAGAGAGAAACACUACACAAUCCAAUUUCCUGCUCCAACGUUGUGUCAUCAUUCCAGAUGAAGCUUUUCCUGACCACGAGUCAUAUUGGAUUUGGAAACUGAGUAUUCGAAUAAAAAAACAGACUGGCUAGAGAGGCAAAUUUGAGCCGAACUUGCGGACCAAAUUCGACGAGAAACCAAAAAGAAAAACAUUUUAAUACUAUUCUUUACUUAUUAUGCUUUA